AUGGCGUCUUCCACUUCCUCUUCUUUGUUCAACCCCUCUGAGGAUCCCACCAGUCCUUAUUUCUUACAUCACGACGACUAUCUUGGUAUGAUUCUUGUUUCUCAACUUCUCUAUGGAGACAACUAUAACACUUGGAGCCGUUCUAUGUUAAUGGCCCUUACUACAAACAUUAAGACUGGAUUUGUUGAUGGAAAAGAAAAUCAACAAGGCAUUUUCACUUCUGCUUUGCUACCUGAUGUUGCUGCUUUAGCCAAUCGUUCUAAUGAUGUUAAACAAUCUGAUCUUUUUGAGGAGGUUUACAUGGUGUUGCCUCUUGGUUAUGGCAGCAAGGGGGAGACACGUUCCAAGAAUGAUUAUUCCCUCUUCACUAGAAGAACUGGCAGUACCUUCCUAGCACUAUUAGUGUAUGUUGAUGAUGUUAUAGUGGCUAGCAAUAACCCACAACAGGUGAUAGAAAUAAAAGAGUUGAUAUACACUAAAUUCAGAAUUAAAGAGCUUGGUUUACUGAAAUAUUUUCUUGGACUUGAAGUGGCUAGAUCAGCCAAGAGUAUUUCUAUUUUUCAAAGGCAUUAUGCCUUUGAUAUUCUGAAUGAUAGUGGUUACCUUGGUGCAAAACCAGUCAAGCUCCCAAUGAUUUCUAACUUGAAGCUUAGACAAUCAGAUGCAGUUUUUCUUGAUGAUCCAACAAGCUACAGCAGAUUGAUAGGUAGGUUGUUGUAUCUCACUAUGACAAGACCAGAUUUAUCGGCCUACUCAAUCCAAAUCUUGAGUCAGUUUAUGGACAAACCUACACAAAGCCAUAUGGAUGUAGCUUAUCAAGUGUGGAAGUACAUCAAAGGAAGACUAGAUCAAGGGAUCUUCUUUCCUACUUCUUCAUCAUUGCAUUUGAAAGCAUAUAGUGAUUCAAAUUGGGCAUCUUGCCCCGACAGACGACGUUCAGUCACUGGAUAUUGUGUUUUCCUUGUUGAUUCUUUGAUUUCAUGGAAGUCAAAGAAGCAAACAACUAUCUCAAAGUCAUCAGUAGAAGCAGAAUAUAGGACACUUGCAUCUACAAGUUGUGAACUUGUUUGGUUGAUAUCUUUGUUGAAAGAUUUUGGUGUUGAUCAUAAACAAGCAGCCUUAUUGUUCUGUGAUAGUCAAGUUGCCUUGCAUAUGGCAGCCAAUCCAGUAUUUCAUGAGAGAACAAAAUAUAGAGAAAUUGAUUGUCAUUUGGUGAGAGAAAAAAUUGAGUUGGGGAUCCUUAGAACACUACAUGUCUCAUCCAAGCAUCAUCUUGACAAUGGCUCUUGGAGUUGA